AUGUUGGACGAGGCGGUGACGGGGCAGAAAGCUUACGGGAUGAACUCAACAUAUGAGGUAUACCUCGGAAUUAAAGAAGCAAAACAAUUGGCCUCGUUAUACUUCUGUCAGUUUGAGAUAUUCCGUUUACAUCCAUUACUCUCGGCGAGUUUUCCGGCAUUUACAAAUUGUGUAGAUAACGAACUGAUUGAUUUAACCCCAGCCAUUACUCUGUUGGAAUGGCCUCUGUGUCUGAAGCCAACAUUAUCCGCAUUAGAAAAACGUUUUAGUAAAAUAAUGGUUGAUGAACUACGAUCAAUCCCAUUUUGUUUAGUAUCAAAAUGGUCGGGGAUCGGUAAUGAAGAAGAAGAUGGUCACAUUGAGUUUUGUUAUUCAUAUUCCAAAGCCGAAACGUUUCUGACGUUACAACGCACAUCGAAACAAACAGCAUUCACACUAAUUAUUAAAUUACUAUUUUACCGUUACAUACUAGAUAAUAAUAGUGAAUUGGAACUAGGAAAAAAAGAAAAGCAUAUUGAUUCAUAUUUGGUUAAGAUAUUAACCUUUUGGUUUAUUGAAUUAAUAUCAGAAGCACAGUGGAAUGCAAGUCGUGAACGGUGUCUAGUGCCGUAUUUAGUUGGAUUUUUAGAUUUUGUUAUUAAUUGCUUUGAAGACCGUUAUGUUAGUUCAUAUUGGAAUAGAAACAUAGACUCAUCAGCAAAUAAUCUAAUUCAGACAAUUAACCAUAGUCACUUGAAUGAGACCGUUCUUGUUUUGAAGCUAAUUCGUAAAAAUCCAUGUUGGUAUAUUGAACGGUUACAAACGAAUUCACAAUUAGAAUGGAUUAAAUUAAAUGAGCAGUAUUUUCAACAAAUAAACGAUCAACAUUUAUUUGAUAUAUUUAUUUAUGUUUUUGGUUAUUAUAAUCUCGAACAACAUCAUGAGGAAAUGAACGCAUACGAGCGAUUCCAGUUUUAUAUCCUAUGUUCAUCAAUGGUGCAAAUUAUCAUGCAACAUUAUUAUCGUAUGUCUGCAACAACAUGGCAACAACUAUUCGAUGCUCAACCCUUCCAGCAAGAGCAGUGUUUAACUGGAUUAAUUAAACAAUGGCAUGAUGAUCAGGAAUAUGGUAAAGAAUUUUAUAUGACACAAAGUGAACGAAGAGCAGAAAAAUAUUUGAGAAAAAUCAUUUCAUUUAUUAUAAUUGAAUGGUUAUGUCAAUCAUCAACAUUUGCUUACCAGUUUUUAGCACCCGACGUCAUAAGAACAAAAUAUACACAAUUAUUUUCAUUUAUUCCAAGCAAAUACAGUAUUUGA